AUGUUAUGCAUAUAUUGUGAGAAGCUUAUUAGGGGUGGAGGAAUUCAUCGAUUUAAGACUCAUUUGGCUGGAAAAGAAAGAGAUAUUGAGUCAUGUCGAAACGUGUCAGCUGCAGUGAGACACCAAUUCCAUCAAAGCAUUGAAGAGCUUCGAAGCAGGAAACGAAAAGCUCAUGAACAAUAUGCAGAAAGUUAUAAUUCUUGUGAUGAAGUUGAAAAAGAAUUUGACGAGAUCGAACGUAAUGAGAUACAACAACAACAAAAAUCCGGAGUUCCAGCACCUAGCUCUAGAAAAGGAAAACAAGUCAAAGGAUUACAAUCAUAUUUUCCAUCGGCAACAACACCCGGAGCUCAACCAACUAUCAAAAGCAUUCUUCAAAGCAAAGAAAUUGGGGAGAAGUGUGAUAUUGCUAUUGCAAAAUGGAUGAUGGAUGCCUCUAUUCCAUUUAAUGCGGUUAAUUCAGCUUAUUAUCAGCCAAUGAUUGAUGCUAUUGCAAGCAUGGGUACAGGGUAUAAAGGGCUAAAUUAUCCAAGAGUCCGUGGGUAUUUGUUGAGUAAAUUGGUCGAGGAUGUGAGGAAAAUGAUUGAUGGUUAUCGUGAGAUUUGGAAACAAACUAGAUGUACUAUUAUGGCCGAUGGAUGGACUGAUCGUUGUAGGCGUACUUUGAUUAAUUUUUUAGUUUAUUGUCCUAAAGGAACUGUUUUUCUAAAGUCAGUUGAUGCUUCUAAUGUCUCAAAAACUGUUGAUGCUUUGUUUAAGUUGUUUAGGGAUGUUGUAUUGUUUGUUGGUCCUAAGAAUAUUGUGGAUAUUAUAACAGACAAUGUUGCAAACUAUGUUGCUAUGGGAAGGUUGUUGGAGGCUGAGUUUCCUAAAUUGUAUUGGUUCCCUUGUGCAGCUCAUUGUGUUAAUAUGAUGUUUCAAGAUAUUGGGAAGUUACAAAAAGUGAGUGAAACUGUGUCACAAGCUUCAAUGAUCACCAAGUAUAUCUAUAAUCAUUUCUAUCUACUAUUCUUGAUGAGAAAGUUUGAACGUGGGAGGGAAAUACUUCAUUCGGCUCCAACUCGGUUUGACACUAAUUUCAUUGCUUUGCAAAGUGUUUUGGCUCAAAAGGAUCCUUUGAGAUCUAUGGUGACCUCUAAAGAAUGGACAAGCUCAGCUUACUACAAAGAAGCCAAAGCUAAGAAAUUUGUGGAUCAAGUCUUAGAUUCUAAAUUUUGGAGUCAAUGCACUGAUAUUAUUAAGCUUACUGAGCCACUUGUUUGUGUUUUACGUAUUAUGGAUAGUGAAGACAGAGCUGCCAUGGAUUUUCUUUAUCAAGCUAUUUAUAAGGCUAGAGGAGAAAUGGUGAAGAGGUUUCAAAAAAGAAAGAAGGUUGUUGAUCCUUAUUUGAAGAUUUUAGAUACUUGUUGGGAUGCACAACUUAAGAAAAAUCUUCAUGCCGCUGGUUAUUGGUUAAAUCCAGCUUUUCGAUUUAAUGCUGAAGAAUUUGAAAAGCACAGACAAACGACUUCUGACUUGUUGGAUGUCAUUGAGAAAUAUUCUUAUGGUGAUCCUGAUUUGAAUUCUAAGCUGACAAGUGAGAUGAGGAUCUUUAAGAAUGCUGAACAAGAUUUUGGAAGACCGUCUGCAAUACGUGAACGCAGCACUGUUAUGCUAGAUCAAUGGUGGAAAUCUUAUGGUUGUGGAGCGCCAAAUUUGCAAAAGAUGGUGAUUCGUAUUUUAAGCCAAACUUGUAGUUCUUCAGGCUAUCAAUUGGAUUUGGAAGAUGAUCGGGAUGAUGAUGGAGCUAAUAAUUCUAUGGAAAAUGCAAAUCAAAAUGAAACCAAUCAGGAUGUAGCUCCACAUUUAUCAGAUGAAGAACAAUUUUCCGACUUCGAGAUCACUCCUUGGAUAUAG